GGACUUUGUUGGUGGAGUUUACGUCCCGGGCUAUGCCAGUGCGAUGCCAGUGACCCGCCAUGUUGAACCUGGACGGCCUCGAGAUGAUUGCAGUCCUGGUGGUCAUGGGACUCUUCAUCAAAGUGCUGGAGCAGUUCGGGCUCUUCGAGCCAGUCGGUGGGGAAGACAGCAUUGAGGAUGACUUUGAGCUCUCCACGGUCUGCCAUCGGCCAGAAGGUCUGGACAAACUACAGGAGCAGACCAAGUUCACCAAGAAGGAGCUUCAAGUUCUCUACAGAGGCUUCAAAAAUGAGUGCCCCAGUGGUGUGGUCAAUGAAGAAACCUUUAAACACAUCUACUCUCAAUUCUUCCCCCAGGGAGACUCAAGUACAUAUGCACAUUUCCUGUUUGAAGCAUUUGACACAAAUAAGAAUGGGUCAGUUAGUUUUGAGGACUUUGUCGCAGGCCUUUCGAUUAUCCUGAGAGGGUCAAUCAAUGACCGACUAAACUGGGCGUUCAACCUUUAUGAUCUCAAUAAGGACGGCUGUAUCACCAAAGAGGAGAUGAUGGACAUUAUGAGAUCAAUUUAUGACAUGAUGGGAAAGUACACCUACCCCUGCAUGCAAGAUGACGCUCCAAGGGAACACGUGGAGAACUUCUUUCAGAAAAUGGACCGAAAUCAAGAUGGUGUUGUCACUAUCGAAGAGUUCAUUGAGUCAUGCCAAAAGGAUGAGAACAUCAUGCAGUCCAUGCAGCUGUUUGACAAUGUCAUUUAGGAGGGUCAACUGGUGGAGAGGACCCAGAGGCCUAGUUGUCUGGACUCCAUGUUGGCCUAAGGACCCCCACAACUGGCCUCCUUAUCCUCCAAUGUCAUUCCUUUUUUCCUAGAGACACUUGAAAAAAAAAGUGGGGCUGGCUUAUAGACACACACAUUUGUUAUUUUACAUUCAUCAUGUUCCGAGGAAGCUUGUGUUGGCUCAUUCGAACUACAGUCCCAGUCUGGGAGGGUGUGUGUGUGUAUGUGUAUGUGUGAGUGAGUGUGUGUGUGUGUGUGUGUGUGUAGGGGGUUGAUCAAGACAGAAAGAUGCGUGUAUAUGGGAAGACCAGAAGAUGACUGGAAACGUGGCGACGACGACAACGACCCUCCAACAACAAACUGAUUUUAUUACCGCAUGAUGUCACAAUUAGUCCACACUUACCUAUUUACCGAGAUACUCCAAAGCCUGUCUGUUGCUCUAUGUGUGUCCACACAGGUGCCUCGCUCCCCUUUACCGUCCGCUGUCGUCGUUGUGCUUGUAAGGUUGUGUAAGGCUCUACUGCCGUCACUCAGAAUCCCAGGCUACCUACCUAACCACCACUCACUCACUUGCCAUAAGGUAACAUAGGCUAACCAGUCUGCAGCGGUUAGCGGGGCAGAAAUUAGCCCAUACAUUCCAGAGGAGUAUUCAGUUUGAGCCUUGAAAUCUUUAGCUGUCAUAUGCUGACUGUUUCUCUCUGUGCCCUCACGGACAACUUCCGGUUAUAAACUCAACACAUGGCUGAUUGCGAUGUGGGCAAAUGUCUCACCAUAGCCAGUCAAUCUUCUUAGCUAAUUGUAUUGUAUCUAGAAUUGGAGUGAUCAUGUGAAAUAAUAGUGUCCUCACUCUGCCAUGUAAUACUCGACUGUACCAUACAGUAGAUGAUGUCAUGGACACACUGAUCAGUGUAAUAUGGUUUGAAUAGAUGAGAGAGGGGCUUCCUUCCCUCUGGCUGAGGCCUGGGAUGGACGUUAGUAUGUUGCAACACAUUGUCAAAAGGAGCAGCCAUCUUUCCUCCAAGUUUAUUUUCCCAUCAAACACCAAAGAGAAAGGAUCUAGUCAGUUUACCCUGAUCCCCAUGCUCUCUUCUUUAACAUGCUACCAUCACUCGUCUCAAUGCAUUCUGUGAUGGCAAGGGGCCUGGUGGGGAGAAUUAGGAGGGGUCAUAUCAGCAGGGGGAAAGGUGGAUCUGAUAGUUUUCCCAUUCAGAAGCAUAGGGAAAAGGGACUGACACUGUUUUCCCAUUCAGAAGCAUAGGGAAAAGGGACUGACUGUUUUCUCUUUCCAGUUGAGAUUACUACCGACACCUCACUACAGACAGCCACAAUAAUAAGUAACAUAUUUGACAAAGACCAUCACAGAAGUACACAUCUAGAUGGGGUGG